UUCAGUCAAAAAAAAAUAAAUAAAUGAAAGAAUUUUUUUAGCAAAAAAUAAAGAAUAUUUUUGCUCCAAAGGGAUAGUUUGACCCUUUUCCGUAAAAUAUAAAGUCGAGGGCAAUUUUGAAUUUUUCAGAGAAUACGAAAACUAAAAUUUGAGGAUUUUUUAUUUUCUAGUUAACGGGAAUCCAUAACACCAUAAACUAAAAAAAGAAAAAAGGUCGUCCCAAAGAAGAGGAAAUGGCGCAUACAGCAGCAAUGGGCGUCUCCCAAUUUUCGGCUUCAACAUACAUGCCCCAAUCCCCACUCAAAUUCCACAAUCCACAGCCGAAGAGAAUCAUCACAAUAACUCAUAAAAGAUUCAACUUUGUUAGAGCUACCGUCGAUGGCUCCUCAGCACCAGGUAUUUACUCUGCCAAGCAAUUUGAGCUUACUAAGGAAAAUGUUGAUAUGGUUCUUGAAGAUGUUCGUCCUUACCUUAUUUCUGAUGGUGGAAACGUCGAUGUCGUUUCUGUUGAGGACGGCGUCGUUUCCCUCCAGCUUCAAGGAGCAUGCGAGAGUUGUCCGAGCUCAACAACCACAAUGAAGAUGGGAAUUGAAAGGGUACUGAAGGAAAAGUUUGGAGAAGCCAUCAAGGAUAUUCGGCAAGUAUAUGAUCAACAAGUAGUUGACACCACUGCUGAGGCUGUGAAUGCUCACCUCGAUAUAUUAAGACCUGCCAUUAAAAAUUUUGGUGGUAGUGUGGAAGUCUUAUCUGUUGAGGAAGGCAAUUGCAAUGUCAAGUAUGUAGGGCCUGAGUCUAUUGGAUCAGGAAUCAAAGCAGCAAUCAAAGAGAAGUUCCCGGAUAUCGUCAAUGUAGUGUUUACUGGCUAGCUUGCUUCGCGACUGUAUUUUGCGCUGCUCUUUUGACAUAUUGUGAAGAUCAAUGCCAAUAGUAUUAUCUGUAUGUAGGAGAGUAUGUAUAAUCCCGACCAUUUUGAGCAUAAUUACAUACGCGUUCACUAUGUAAAGAAAUACCUCUAGUAAGUAAUAUGGAUGAAGUGGCCAGGUUUCUUACAAGCUUCACUAUCAUGUAUUGAUCAUGACAAGAUUUUGAAAAGAAGUAUCUUUACGAUUUAA